CGGAAACAGAACGCGCACAUGUCAGUGGGGGGUUCCGCGCGUGCCAACAAUGCAGUGCUUUUACGCUGCUGAUCGCUUAUGUGUACUUUUUACACAUUGUGCUUCAUUUCUGUCGUGUUUGUGAAGCUCGUGACAGAUGCCCAGUCUUGAUUUUUCCAGAACUUCACCUCAAGUAAAGGCACAUGUCAUACGAAAACAUUUUUGAGUACUUAAUAAUUCUUCGGCAUUACCCGGCUGGAAUGAAGAGCAGAGCUGAAGUGUGAGCGCUUUUUAUGUACCUCCUUGAGAGACCACUCGUAACUUGUCGGAAAUGUCUGGCAUCAUCAUUAAUCUGGAGGUCUCCCACAACGAUGGGCCUACCGCUUGCGACGCAAGGAGGAAAUCAGAUGGAAAAAUUAAACACGAGAAGUUUCUUAAGAGACGUAGAGUUUUAGAACGGAGAUGCCUCCUCCGCAGUAAGCAGAACCAGCGCAAACAGAAGAAACAAGCCUCAGAUGAAAGGCCACGCAAGACUGAUGUCUUCUCCAUACAUUCUAAUAGCUCGUAUUCCCCCACCAACGCAUCCCAUUGUAGCCAGAGCAUCCCAAAGAAACCUAAACAAGGCCUAGAUGGAAAGCCAUUUUAUGUGAAAGAUCAAGAUAAGAAACAAGACUUAGGACAGCCAAAAUUUAUGAAAAAUAAGGAUAAGACACCUAAACAAGACAGAGAAGGAAAGCCAAAAUCUAUGAAAAUUCAGGAUAUGAAACCCUUUGUGCCCAAUUUGCACACCCAGAAAUGCUCUGUUCUUAAUCCCCCAGCUUCUGUAAAGCUCACAUUUCCCAAGAGCUUUUCCACUAUCGUUACCAGUCCAUUUGAGAGCAGCUCCACAAGCACCCAAUCUAAAAGAUCAAAUCCAACCAGUACUACAGCCCAAAGCAGCAAGGGUCAAGGUCACGCCCAGCACACUGCACAGAUUCCUGAACAAGUUAAACUUAUUGGCAAUCCGCUGAAAUACCUGGCUAUUGACUGUGAGAUGGUGGGAACAGGUCCCAAAGGUCGAUAUAAUGAGUUAGCGCGUUGUAGCAUUGUGUCAUACAACGGGGAUGUUCUUUAUGACCAUUACAUCAAGCCCAUUUCUCCUGUGACUGAUUUUCGGACUCGGUGGAGUGGAGUCACACGGACCCACCUCAUAAAUGCUAAGCCAUUUUCACAAGCCAAAAGUGAGAUACUGAAGAUCCUAAAGGGGAAAGUUGUGGUGGGCCAUGCCAUCCACAACGAUUUCAAGGCUUUGUCAUAUAGUCACCCUUCAGGCCUCACGCGUGACACCUCCUGCAUUCCGCUGCUCAAUAAGAAGGCUGGCUUUCCAGAAGCGCAGCUAGCAUCGCUGAAGAAGCUCACAAAAGCCCUCCUCAAUAAAGACAUCCAGGUUGGUAAAAGUGGGCACUCCUCUGUAGAAGAUGCCAGAGCUUCCAUGGAACUUUACAAGAUUGUGGAGGUGGAAUGGGAGAAGACUUUGGCUUCUUCUAGCAUUUGAACUAUAUCCAUAGGCAGCUGUGAGGCUUGUUACCUUGCACUGCCCAGCCUGAAACUAUACUGUUUAUGGAAAUGGGGUGAAGUACUGUAUCUGGUUUUUCUUUUUGCUCUUAAAGGACUCAAGUAAAGUU